GCUCUCCACCAAAGGCGCGUCCAGCUGGAAUGAAUAUAUCUGAGCCCAGCUUCUGCAGAGAGGAAUUCUCCCAAGCGCCCAGCGACUUUUCAUGGGGAGCCGCAGCGCCCGCAGCCGCCGCCGCCGGAGCGCCCGCCUCUGAGCCGGGGCUCGCCUACCCGCAGCCCGCCAGCCGGAGCUCCAGCUCGGCGGAGGAGGAGGAAGAGCCAGUGCCGGCCUUUCCAUUGCGCCCUGGUUGCGCCCCAGCCCAGGCGGCGGCCGGCGGAGGAGGAGCUGCACUAGCCCGAGAGCCCGGCGGCGGCGCGCUCCUGGGAUCGGCCUCCAGCCGCUCGCCCAGCCCGGACGACGCCGGCUAUGGCUACAGCUCCGGCUCGGGCCGCUCCGAGGCCGGCAAAGGGGGAGACGACUCCCGCAUCCGGCGCCCCAUGAACGCCUUCAUGGUGUGGGCCAAGGACGAGAGGAAGCGGCUGGCCCAGCAGAACCCGGACCUGCACAACGCCGUGCUGAGCAAGAUGCUGGGCCAGUCGUGGAAAGCACUCAGUGCCAGCGACAAGCGCCCCUUCGUGGAAGAGGCAGAGCGGCUGAGGAUCCAGCACCUUCAGGACCACCCCAACUACAAGUACCGCCCAAGGAGAAAGAAGCAGGCUAAGAAGAUCAAGAGGAUGGAGCCCAACAUCCUUCUUCACAGCCUCUCCCAGUCUUGCAGCGACGGCUUCGGGCUGAACCCUCGCAACGCGGCCGGCAGCAUCGCCCACCUGAGCCACACGCAGCCUCCCCCUCUCAACCACUUCCGCGAACUCCGAUCGGUGGGCUCGGAUAUGGAAAACUAUGGCCUGCCGACCCCAGAGAUGUCCCCUUUGGACGUCUUGGAGCAGAGCGAGCCGGCCUUUUUCCCUCCGCACAUGCAAGACGACUGCAACGUGAUGUCCUUCCGGGGCUACCACCACCACCCCCCUCCGCCGCCCCAGGUGGAGUUUUCCCCAGAAAAAACCCUGGGGCGAAACGUGAGCAUGGGCUACUCCCCGAAUCCCUCGUCACACCUGGCUGAUGCCUUGAGGACUCCCCACCCACCUGGCCUGUACUACAACCAGAUGUGUGCCGGAGCUGCUGGCGGCCUCACGGCCCAUUUGGGUCAGCUUUCCCCGCCUCCUGACUCUCACCAUCUGGAUGGCGUCGAGCACUUAAACCCCAACGAGCUUUGGACAGAAGUGGACCGCAACGAGUUUGACCAGUAUUUGAAUAUGAGCAGGACUCGUCCCGAGGUUUCAGGCCUCCCUUAUCAUGUCUCCUUGUCCAAAGUGACUCCCCGAAGUCUCUCCUGUGAGGAAAGCAGCUUGAUAUCGGCCUUGUCUGACGCCAGCAGUGCCGUCUACUACAGCGCCUGUAUCACUGGGUAGGGCUUCUCCUUUGGGCCACAUCUUCACCGUGGAAAGAGCUUGAGGACAUAUCUACAUUAUAGACUGCUGUUCGGUUGGGCCACUACCUCUUUCCCAAGGGAACUCUGGGAAUUGUAGUUCUCCAAAGCGGGACCGGAGUUCUCUAAUAAAGAAUUCUCAAGGUUGUCCGAACUAUAAUUCCCUGGAUUCUUGGGGGGAAAGUGAUGGCGGUUUAAAUAUGGAUUUCAGCUCAGAGUGUAGAUAUGCCCUAUGGAACUGGUAGCCCAGAAAGGCUUGUGCACUUUUUUUC